AUGGAACCAAUCAAAUCAUUAUUGGUUUUAUCAUUUUUGACAAUGGUCACCUUGUCAAUGUGCCAUCCAACAGCAACAAAUGGUCGUUUUUAUCGUAAUGAUGAUGCCAUUAUGGACUAUGAUGGAUAUCAAUUAAUUCGUAUUAAACCAAUGAAUAUGGAACAGAUUACAAUUCUUAAACAAUUGGAAAAUGAAUAUGAGAUGGAUUAUUGGAAUCCAAUCGUUAAUAAUGAACAUGAUCAACAACCAAUAAUGACAAUUAUUGAUCCACAACGUUUAGAAUUUCUAUCACAAUUAAAUCAAUCAAACAUUGAAUAUGAUAUACUAAUUCCCGAAAAUGCUGAAAAAAUUUCCAUCGGUUAUUCAUAUGAACAACGAAAUAUUAUGGGCAUUAAAAUUGUUAAUAAUAAACAGAAUAAUAGUAGCCAGAUAAUUUUUGUUGAAUGCGGUAUACAUGCACGUGAAUGGAUUUCACCAGCAUACUGUAUAUGGUUAGCUGGACAAUUAUUAACCAAUAAAAGAUUAUCAUCAUUGAAUGAACGUUAUCAAUUCAUUAUUAUACCAUCAUUGAAUGUUGAUGGCUAUGUAUUCACACAUACACAUCAACGAUUAUGGCGAAAAACACGAUCACGACAAUAUGGAACAAAUUGUAUUGGUGCCGAUCCAAAUCGAAACUGGGCUAUUUCAUGGUGUCAAAAAGGUUCAUCAUUAGAUCCAUGUCAAGAUACUUAUUGUGGUAGAGGUCCAUUUUCUGAAAUUGAAGUACGACAAAUGGCAAAUUUUGUACAUAGAUAUGAGGGUAAAAUUUUUGCCUAUUUUGCCAUCCAUAGCUAUAGUCAAUUAUGGAUGUUUCCAUAUGGAUAUACAGCAAGACGAGUGGAUAAUUAUAAUCAAUUGCGAAUAGCUUCUUUAGCUGCUGUCCAAUCAAUCCGUUCAUUGUUUGGUACCCAAUUUAAAUUCGGAUCAAUUGCUGAAAUUAUUUAUUCAGCAUCAGGUUCUAGUAUCGAUUAUGUAUACGAUUCAUUAAAUGUUAAAAAUACAUUCGCACUUGAACUUCGUGAUAAAGGUAGAUAUGGUUUUCAAUUACCGAAUUGGCAAAUUAUACCAACCUGUGUGGAAACAUUGGCCGGAAUGAGAACGGCAAUCGAUGUAUUGGAUGGAUUCUAAGAAAA